AUGCAAGGUCGCGCUAUUCUCCGAGGUAGCGCAUGCGACUUUGCUCCUACGGCCCCUCUCCAAAGUCCCGAAUAUUCAAAUCCUGUGUCGACAGCCAAGAUAGAGUCGAUAAAUCAUAUAAAGGUCGACGAGGGGGCUGCUGUGGGCGUACCGCAAGGAGGAGGAGGUCUGGUAGGUGAGCAAGGGCGAGAUAAUAUGCCCGGCGUCAUCAUGGAUAGUGCGAGUAGGAAUGGGUCGCAUACCAACCACGACAGAGAUCGACAGUUCAAUGGUUCCAAUGGUGAAGCAAAGGCUUCCGAGAAGGGACGAGAUAAAAUUCAGGCACGAUCCGAGCCUCAACAGAGUAUGACACCGAUCAGUCCAGCGGUUCGGAAUGGGAUAAAUGGCAAUUCCACGGAUGGCCCAGCGCACCAACAGAACUCCGGAGAGGAACCGAUUCCAAAGGAUAUUCUCGAUCGUAUACACGACCUUCCACCUGAAGUCGAACAUAUCACAUCGAACUUCUUGCCUCUGACAGAACUGCUGAAUCGAUUAGCACAAUCUACGCAUAACGACUUAAGGCAGGAGAUCAUGAAGUUGGCGAAUAUGCCAAUCCCCCAGUCAGCGAUCAAUACGAGCUCGCCCCAUAUCACCAAAGAGGAUGAUACCUCCAAUGAUAAUGUGAACAAGAAGGUAAGCUUGCUAAACUUUGCCCAAACUCAACAUAGUCGUUGGGUCAAGCAACUGGUUCUACUAAAUUGGAGUCGAAACGCCGAAGAAGUGAGCAAAAUCAUCGACUUGAACAUCCAUUUAUGCCAGAAACGAGGAUUAUACCAGUAUAUCCUACACCAUAUGAGUGAAGUCAAAAGGAAGCUAUGCGACGUAGAUUCACCUAGGCCCGAUUUAAAAACUGCAGUAGAGGUUUUGUCAACUGGGAAAGCCAAUUGGAUGCCAGACCUUGGAUACAUUGCGCCGCCUCCAAUGACUCCCAAAGAGAUACUUAAAUCUCUGGAAAAACUCAACACUUUACUAUCCAUCCGUUUGAAUCUACACGAGUACGAUAAAAUCCCCUUACAAUUUAAGAACUAUACGAUAAAGUCUGGUCGCGUGACUUUCAAAGUAGCCGGAGAGUUUGAAAUCGACCUGACUGUCGCAGAUGAGAACCAGGAGUUGCAGUUCUGGUUUAUUGACUUUCGGUUUUUAUUUUCCCCCUCUCUUAGCGAAUUGCCACCCCGGCACCAAUAUCACAUAGAGAGUAAAGUCAAUGCCGCACUAGAAAAAGAUGGCCUGUCUGGCUGUUAUAGUUAUCUGCACGAAAUGGUAUUAACCCAUAAGAUCAGCGAAUUCAGGAGACAAGCAGUUGAGCUUUCUAGAAGUACUUGGGUUGAUGGGGUUAAGGUCGAGCCGCUUCAUCGCGCCUUAUGCAUCCAAUAUUGGUUGGAUAGAUACAAGAAAAAUGGACCACGAAGCUGGAUUAUUUUGGGAGUUCACAGUGGACGGAGGAAGGAUGGGUACCAUGACCCGAAAACGACAAGCCGACUCUCUAUAAGAUGGUUUCGAGAUUCAAAAGAAGUCAAAGAUGUGGACAUUCCAUUCGACACGGUUAACAUCUCGGCUGAACAACUCUUGAAGACUGUUAUUGCAAUGCACGUCAAUCACAUCUUGGGUUCAACACACAGCAAAUUGGCCGCCGAACCUAUCUUUGCGAAUCGCGAGGCAUCCUUGUCACUACACACAUCUAAGACUGAGCCAAAGGAGUCUGUACUCGGUGUACAAUUGACGGAGAAACAGCAUGUAUCAAUCACUAUAGAACCGGUCACGGGAAUUUUCAUCUUCAGUCCAGCCUCUCGAAUAAUCACUUCGUCACAGAAUAAGCUCAACAGCCUGGAUCGCGAUCCUGCAAUGGACGCGCAUUUUAACAUCGAGAAUCUUCGAUGUUUAGCCAUUUCGGAAGAGCUCACGAUCCUUGGCACUAGUGUUGGAUGGAGAAGGGCUGAAAAUCCCGGGAUAUCCAGAGAAGACCUGAAACGCAAAAUUCCGAAAGACACAAAGCAAAUCACUUGGUUUAGGAGACCUGCAUGGCAAGAGGAUUGGCUUGUUGCUGUUACGCUGGGUAUGAGUGGAGAAAGUUGGUGGUUGUUUCAAAUAUCGAAACAAUCGACGGGCGUUAAAGUCUUAACCUCUAUUCACAUACCCAUCAAAGCUGUCUCGCCAACGCCCUCUUACGUAUUUAUGUCUACGCUACACAUUUUUGCAGGAGGUCUCAUCUCGCAAUACACUAAUCUCAAAGCUCUGCAUGAUAGGCGCAUUCGUCAUACUGUCCGACAGUCUGGUCUACCUUCACCCGUUAAACUUCCUUCAAUUUGGAUACACAUUCCUGGACUAUUCCAAGCCAGGGCGAAACCAACAGCGCAUAAAACGUGGGCUACAGAUUUUCUCAAGCUUAAUUUUCAGGGGCUGGAGCCACUUUCAAAUGUUCCAUCUCUUCCAUCUCAGUCACCGAUUGAUGAUUCGCAAGCUAUCGUCUCUAAGCCUGAGCAGAAGACAGUACUAGUCACGGUUGUACGUAUGGCAGUACCUAUUCCAGCUCUUGCGGUCUUGAACGAAAAGAUAGAUAAAGAUAUUGCCUUUCAACCUAAAACGGGAGAGAUUGCUUUUAGAUUGCGGUCUCAAGUUGGCGAGUCGAUAAUUCCCGCCCUAACAGAGCGGUUAUUCCAGAUUGAACGUCUUAUAUCUUGUACUGCUGUGCUUCGUAAACAUGAAAAUGUUAUUAAAUGCGACAGGAUUUCACUACAAGAAAUUGCCUUUUCGUAUGGGAUGCCACCAGUAGCUCAGACAGAAUUGGUCACUAGCGCAGACAAGACAACGCCUCUUUCAUAUAAAGCAGUGGUCAGCUUAGGCUUAGUUGAAGGCAAAAUGAAACUUGCGUUGGAGAUGGGUAACCCACACAUACGUGUUUUGGAUUCUUUGGACAAAGUUUUGAAUAUUGCGAAGAGUGGGUUUGAUGCCGUUGCAACUCUUCUUCCACAAACUCUAUAUUCUUUGCGGGCUUUUGAAACGAUAGAAAAUGCUUGGGGCCCUCUUCACGAUAAAGGUGAAGUAUUCGUAUUCGUCAGGGCUUUUGAGUGGUUUAGACUACGUUAUGUUUUCAAGCCAAGCACUCCCAAUAUGCCUCCACGAACAGUCUCAUUUGAGAUCAAAAUGUGUCAUCGCAAGCAAAAACCAUGGUGGCUUGUCCGUCGUACGGAAAAGACUGAUAAGGGCGUAAGAGGGGACGCAGUUCCGGAUGAUGAAAUUGAUCUCCGUUUGAAGUCAGUGUGGGACUCCCGAGGAGAUGAUGACUGGAAGGGCAUGCGUACCAGCGCAGUUGGCCGUAAUCGUGGCAUUGAAACCUGUCUCGAAAAGAUUGAUGCAGUGAUGCGAGACCUCUCUCCAGAAGACCUUGCAGUUCAACCAUCGCAACAAUCACAAACGAAUACACAAGUACAAGCUGUAGGACCACAAGGACAACAGCCUUCGCACCCCCAGCAACAAAGACAAUUGCAAUUGCCUACGCCAGCAAACUCUCAGAAUCAUCCACAAAGUCAAGGAAGUAGCCAAGGACAACAACGGAUGCCAACUCCUAAUAUGAACAUGAAUUUGAAUAUGAAUCAGAACAUGUUGAAGAGAAAAUCUUCCGGUCAAGCCAUGAACCCUAGGGCGGUCAAGAGAGAAGUGGUAGAAAUCGAUUAG